CCCAUCUACAUCUCCUUUGACCGGCUCAGUACUUGGAUCUCCUGUACUUAGAUGAAUACCAAGGUGAUGCAUCGUCCUGGGCAGAAGAUCUUGAAGACUCUCUUGACUCUGUGGUAUCAUACAACGCGGUCAAUGUUAGCCUUGUUCCUUCCAUCCAUCCUCCCGUUGAGAAGAUAUGCGAGAUGCAAGCCAAUGAUGACAGCGGACGCCCGGCAGAGAAGACCACGGAUUCGACUCACGACCAACAGUCGUGCUGCGAUGGGGAGAUCGAGAGCUUCAGCCCGUGGAGCCUAUAUUCUUCUGUGAACUAUUCCGAUGAAAUUCCUGCUGUGCCUGUUCAGCAUGAGCUGCGAGUAGUGAACCCAACGGGAAGCUCAGACUCGGAUGCCUCUUCGCCUACUUUGUGCCGCGCCGAACUCGCUUCCAACACUGCGGAAGAGGAUACCGAGGAGUACCACCUACUGUCGACUGUUUCAAAGGAGACUAGGAGCACUUGGAUGAAGCUGAUGAUCGCGGAUAUUCGUCAAAGGCUGGAGAGGCUCGAGAACAUCCUCUGCACCUAUAACGCAGUUGUCGACCCAGGAUGUCGCUCGCCACGCUCGACCAUCUCGCACACGUCAGAAACCCUAGCAUCUUCCAUCACCAGACCCAGCUCCUCGAUCCGAGAUGACUAUGGAGAUGAUGCCGAGGAGCUUGCUGCCUGUCUCGAAGCCCUGAAAGACAUGAAGAAGCGCGUAGAUCAUUCCCGCGAGCAGUCCAAAAGGGCUUUGGAGGAGAGGAAGAAGGAAAGGGAGGCAAUUUUAUCGCGCUGCUUGUGAGGAGAGGCAACGACUAGAGCGGGAGUCCAAGGCGAAGGGCUCGAAG